ACUAAGAUCAGCUCCAUUCAAUCACUGUUCUCACUUCCUGCAAGCAUGCUGAGAUUUGGUGUGAUUCUCUCCGUCGCAUUGCUGUUACUGCUCAACACUGUUGCAGCACAACCAGCGGCUCCUACAGAUUUACAAGUCACAGGUUACACAUCUACAUCAAUAUCUUUUACUUGGACGGGUUCCGCUGGGGCUAAUGGCUAUGAACUCAACUAUUAUGAAUCAGGCUCUGGAAAUCUGCUGCAAACUAUAUCUUUACCAGGGACAGGAACAACGUAUACAAUGACUGGUUUGACUCCUAACACAUUAUAUGAACUAAUAUCGGUACAGGCAGUGGAUGCUGCAGGGACUAGUGGUAAAAGUAAUGAAAUACAACUCGAAACAAAACCUGCGGCUCCUACUAAUUUACAAGUCACGGAUCACACGUCUACAUCAAUAUCUUUCACAUGGACGCCUUCGGAUGGAGCAAAUAGCUAUGAACUCAACUAUUACGAAUCGGGAGCUGUGAGUCCGCAUUCCGUGUCUGUAUAUGGGACAUCUUAUACUUUGACGGGUUUGAAACCCGGUGUAUUAUAUGAAGACAUAUCUCUACAAGCAGUAAGUAAUGCGGGUACUAGUGGUAAAAGUAAUGAAGUACAACAAGAAACAACACCAGCGGCACCGACUAAUUUGCAAGUUACUGGUUUUAGCACGACAACCAUAUCUCUCAAAUGGGAUGCGUCUGUUGGAGCAGCCAGUUAUAUACUAAACUACUACGAAUCUGGAGUUGAUACAUCCGUUCCUAUACCAGGAACAGGGACUACAUACACAAUGACGGGUUUAAACCCUGGUACACUAUAUGAAUUGAUAUCUGUACAAGUAGUGAACAGUGCUGGUACAAGCGAUAUAAGUAAUGAAGUACAGCAAACUACAAAGGACCAGGUUCAAAAGGACCCACAUAUGGAAACAUUUGACGGAGUGCGGUAUAACUUCCAAGGACUCUGCACGUAUGUACUCUCUCAAGACUGCAAGAACAUCAACCAUCCAACAUUUCAAGUCACUGCCGAUUUCCGUUCUAAAUACUCCGAGUUGCUUUCUAAGCAAGUAACUCGUGUGGAUUCUGUUAAUAUUAUUGUGGGUGGACGUCAGCUAGUGAGAAUUCUCAACAACAAUUCGUUCUUAAUAAAUGGGGAGCUAUUAUUCAGCUCAUUUGCAGUAAUUGGCAAAAACGAAGGAACUGUGACUGUCUCAGAUGACCACGUACACGUCGAACUCCACAGACCCAAUAUGUCGAUAAGCUGGACUAAAACCACACGAGGUGUAUCUAUCAUCUUCAAUGACGAAGCUAUGCAUGGCAAUGUAUGUGGGUUGUUGGGAAAUUUCAAUGGUAACAUGGAAGAUGACCUCAUGAAACCCAAUGGUGAAAUAAUGUCUCACUCAGACAUCGAAGAAUUUGGAAACAGCUGGGAGCUACCAGGAAGUUGCGAAUAACAGCUCUCACUUCACUGCAACGUCACUGCCAGCAAUGUAAGCAUUCUGUAAACAAUGUAUUCAUAUUAUGAAGUGAUCAUUGUAGAAGCAGCUAUUUAUUUACUUGAAAUCAUAGUGAUCUACAUAAAAUACUUACUAUUUACAUUACUUAUUACAGUACUUAAUUCUUGUAUAAUACGAUGCUUAAUUUUAUCAGUAAUACAUACAUAUAUCGUACAUAUAUUGCAAAUGUAAUUUCAAUAUAAUUCUUAGUAACAGGCGAUACAUAUUUACGUUGGGAUGAAUAAAAUGAUAUAAAGGGUAAACUAUAA